UAAAAAAUAGAAGAAAAUCAAAAAACUGUAAUCAGAUGUGCAGAAACUCAAAACAGCCGCAAUGUGGAAACUCCUAGGACUUCUCAGAAUCUUGAUAAUGCUACUGUUAUUGCAGUAUCAUGUUGCUGUGUCAUUGCCUUCUGCACCUACUUCAAAACAUUUGAGUCUUAGCAUGCAAAAGGUUGCGCUGUUUCAAUUUAAGCUUAGCUUGUUGAUACAUACUUCUGCUUCUGCAGCUUGCACAUCUGAUCGAUCUUAUCCAAAGAUGAUGAACUGGAGCAUGAGUUCUGAUUGCUGCAUGUGGAAAGGAGUUACCUGCGACCCGAUGAAAAGGAACGUGUUCGGACUGGACCUGACUUGCAGCCAUCUUGAAGGAGUCAUCUCUCCCAACAGCACCCUCUUCCAACUCUCCACUCUCCAGUUUAUUUAUUUUGAUGGCAAUAAUUUACAUGGGGUAUUACCUGAUUCAAUAGCCAACCUCAAGUCCUUAACCACCCUGUCUCUCUCGGAUUGCAAUUUCUCUGGGCCAAUUCCAAGAACCUUGGGAAACCUUACUAAAAUUACUUAUAUAAACCUUGAAUUUAAUCAUAUUACUGGCCCAAUUCCCUAUUCUUUAGCUAACAUUCAAAGCCUAGAAUACAUUUUUCUUCAUAAUAAUAGUUUAACUGGUCAGUUCCCCUCUUGGUUCAACAACUUUGGACACCUCGUUUCUUUAGAUCUGUCUGAUAAUUUACUAAGUGGACACUUGCCCUCCAACCUAACCGCUCUCAAUCUGACAAGACUACUUGCUCUAGAUUUGGCGAAUAACUUGCUAGAUGGGAUGAUACCAUCCUGGUUGUUUGAUCUUCCAUCGUUAAAAUACUUAUAUGUAGAUUAUAACGGGUUCAUAGGUCAGCUAAAUGAGUUUAAUUCUUCUAGGUCAGCCUUGGAGCAUUUUUCUUGUAGAGAAAACAUGCUAAAUGGAACCAUUCCACAAUCAUUUUCAAAACUUGUGAACCUUACUCACCUAAAUUUGGCAGACAACCAAUUUGGUGGAGAAAUACCACAGUGGAAUGGAUUGAUAUUGAAGGGUUCAUCCUUUUAUUUGAAUCUUUCUCACAACAGCCUCAUAGGUGGUAUUGAGCAUCUUCCUUGGGACAACCUAUUUAUCCUUGAUCUCCACUCCAAUAUGCUUAACGGAUCAAUGCCAGCAUCCAUCAGCAAUUCUAGCUCUCUCUGUAUCCUUAAUCUGUCUCACAACAAUUUGCGUGGUGUACUUCCCUCAUUCCCAAGAAAUGCAAACCAACUUAAGUAUCUUGAUCUCCAGUCUAAUAUGCUCAACGGAUUUUUGCCCUCCUUUAUCUGCAAUUCCAGCAUUCUCCAUAUUCUCAAUCUGUCUUAUAACAAUUUCAGUGGUGCACUUCCUACAUGUCUAGGAAGUGUAAACUACAGUCUUUCAGUGUUGGAUUUACGGAUGAAUAGUAUCGGAGGAAGUCUUCCAUCAAGUUUAGCAUUUGGUAAGUUGAGAACUUUAAAUUUGUAUGGCAAUAAGCUGGAGGGAACAAUUCCUGUCUCUUUUGCUAAAUUUUCAUACUUGGAAGUUCUUGAUAUCGGAAGUAAUCAUAUACGUGAUACCUUUCCCCACUGUCUAGAGUCACUUCCAACUCUACAAGUUCUGGUCUUGAAAUCCAACAAAUUCCAUGGUUUCAUAAGCAACGAUUCUAAGAUAGAGCGUCCAUUUCCUAGCUUGAGAAUCAUUGACCUCUCAUACAAUGAGUUUUCAGGACUUUUGCCAGCAAAAUAUAUUAGAAACUUCAGUGCUAUGAUGAAUGGUGAUGUCCACAAAGUAAUACUUGGUUACAUGGGAUAUGCUUCUUACAGUGAUUCCAUAAUUGUAGUGAUCAAAGGGGUAGAGAUUGAACUUGUCAGGAUUUUAACUGCAUUGACAACCAUUGAUUUAUCACAAAACAAGUUCGAAGGGGAGAUUCCUGAAUACAUUGGAAAUUUGAAGUCACUCCGAUAUCUCAAUUUAUCUCACAAUUAUCUCACCGGCCAUAUACCACCCUUAAUUGGGAAACUGUCAGUGCUGGAGUCACUAGACCUCUCUUUCAAUCGACUCGAUGGAGUAAUUCCUCAACAACUCACAAAUUUAUUUUCUCUUUCACAUAUAAACCUCUCUCAGAAUAAUCUAAGCGGUCGUAUACCAGAGGGAGCUCAGUUUCAUACAUUUGAAAAUGAUAGUUAUGCUGGGAACUUGGGGCUAUGUGGACGUCCAUUGUCCAAGAAGUGCAUUGCUGAGAAACGAGAAGAAGAAGAUGAUGAUGAUGAUGAUUACUUUUUUAGUGGUCUUACUUGGAAAGCUAUGCUUCUGGGAUAUGGCUGUGGAAUGGUGCUGGGAUUUGUUGCAGGCUAUUUGAUGUUCAUGGCUGGAAAACCAAAAUGGUUAACUAAGAUUGUUGCUAGAGAACCGGGCCUAAUAGUCAGUGGGAUGGAGAUCAGAAGAAGAUGAAAUUGAGAUUUAAUGUGUUUUUUUUUUUUUAAUUUUUUAUCUGGCAUUUGUAAAUUACUAACCCUCUGGUGCUGGCCGUUUCUUGUGGUUCUAUGAUCUUGUUAUAGAAAUAAGGAUCAAGUUUCUGUCUUUUGGCUUUUAUCUUUUGGGGUACAAACAUGAUAAAGUUGAUCUUGCACCAUGCAUGUGUUGGCAAACAAAUAGAAAGAAGAAGUCUUUAACUAUAAA